AGAGAGAGAGGCAGAGGCGCAUUUCAGCACCACCGCCGCCGUGGACAGCAGCUCCGGCGCGCCUCCGGGGCUCCCCUCUCCUCUCCUCCCUCCUCUCCUUCCUUCCUUCCUUCCUUCUUUCCUUCCUCCUCUCCUUCCUUCAUUCCUUCCCUCCCUCCUUGGGCUCUCUCUCUCUCUCUGCCCCACCCAGCCCUCCUCCGGCGGGAAAGGCAGGGGCCCCGAUCCCCUCGCCGCCCCACGGGGAGGAGCAGGAGGAGAAGGGGAAGAAGAAGAAGAAGAAGAAGAAGAAGAAGAAGAAGAAGAAGAAGAAGAAGGGCAGCCAGCCCCCUUUCCUCCAGCAGCACAUCCCGCAUUCUCCAGUGAGGCUCAUGCUUUCAUCGGCUCCAAGAUGACCACUCAUCCUUUUGCCACAGCAUCCAGUGUAUCCUCGUUGCAUUGACUCUCCAGGAGUGUGUGCUUGGCAAGACCCUUCCAUCUUUACCACCUGAUUUCAUGAUGACUGAGGGUUCAGAUCAGAGAUUCAGUUGUCUCACCUGGGAACAGCUUCAAAUCCUGGAUCAAGUGCUCACAGAGGUGAUCCCCAUUCAUGGAAGAGGAAAUUUCCCAACACUGGAGGUAAAGCCAAAGGACAUCAUCCGGGUGGUCAAAGAGCAGCUGAUCAAAAAGCAGAUUGUCAUCCGGGACAUUCGCCUGAAUGGCUCCACGGCGAGUCACAUCCUCGUGAAGCAAAAUGGGACCAGCUACAAGGACCUGGACAUCAUUUUCGGGGUCGAGCUUCCAAGCGAGCAAGAGUUCCAAGUGGUGAAGGAGUCUGUGUUGAAUUGCCUCUUGGACUUCUUGCCCAAAUGUGUCAACAAGGAGAAGAUCACAGCCCAGACCAUGAAGGACGCCUAUGUCCAGAAGAUGGUCAAAGUGUCCACAGAUCAUGAUCGGUGGAGCCUCAUCUCCUUGUCAAACAACAGUGGCAAGAACGUGGAGCUCAAAUUUGUCAACUCUCUUAGACGGCAGUUUGAGUUUAGCGUCGAUUCAUUUCAGAUUAUCCUGGACUCUGUUCUGGAUGUUUACAGUGAUGGAGACAGCAAAUUGUCCGAGGACGCUCACCCAUCUGUUAUUGCUGAGAGCAUGUACGGAGAGUUUGACGAGGCCAUGGACCACUUGAAGUACAAACUGAUCGCCACAAGGAACCCUGAAGAGAUCCGUGGUGGAGGCCUUUUGAAAUACAGCAACCUCCUGGUUCGGGAUUUUAAACCAGCCAACGAGGCCAAAAUCAAGUCCUUGGAACGUUACAUGUGUUCUCGGUUUUUCAUCGACUUCCCCGACGUGGCUGAGCAGCAGCGGAAGAUCGAGUCGUAUCUACGGAACCACUUCAUAGGGGAAGAGAAGAGCAAGUACGACUACCUGAUGACUCUGCGUGCGGUCGUGAACGAAAGUACGGUUUGCCUCAUGGGCCACGAGCGGAGGCAGACGCUCAACAUGAUCACCAUCCUGGCCCUCAAAGUGCUCGGAGAGCAGAACAUCCUCCCCAACGCGGCCAACGUGACGUGCUACUAUCAGCCCGCUCCGUACAUCAGCGACAGGAACUUCAACAAUUAUUAUAUUGCGCAUGGACAGCCCCCCAUUAUCUACCAGCCCUACUCCUUCCACAUACACAUGCAGAGUGGCAUGGUGUAGUAGACCGCAACACCUCCUUGCCUUACAUCAGUGUCUGCCCGUUCUCCCUCCUUGACCCUCUCCCUCUUCUCCCUCUCCGUUACUCUCUUCAAAAUAAACCCCGUGUUAAAGCAAAUUUUCCUAUCA